AAGAUUCUACUAUAACACAGUUUUCUAAGAAAAAUGAACCAAGUCCAAGAAAAUACAAUGGAUCCAUGGUCAUGGAUAUGCGAGCUACCAGAAUCUCCUGAGUUCGUCGAGUCUGAUCAUUCACACGCAGUGUUUCAGCUGGCAGGUGACUUAACACGUUCCAUCAAACUUAGAGCUGAAUGGGAUUCUAGUUCUGAACCAGACUCUCACUCUCUCACCUUCAAAGUGAUAGUAGAAGGUUUCAACCGCCUUGAAAGACCGACCAUAUGGGUCUCGGACACAUGUCUCUUGUCUUCGGAGAAACCGUUUCUCCCUUUGGUUCUCCAGCUUCUUCGAGAACUAAUCUCCCAUUCUCCUACCUCACGUGAAGGUGCGUGCACAAAGUCGUCUGAGCUACUUGAGAUCAAACCAGGUCCGGUUAGUUGGGUCAUGGACUCUCACUCACCCGAGUCUUUCUCUUCGGUGUUUAACCUAAUCCUCCUCAUGCGUCUCUUUUGGUUGUGUGUAUUCAACGCUCCUAGUGAAGUAGGUUCUUUCUUCUUCCAACACUUACUUGGUCCACACGUGAACGCACUUACGUGUCAACAAGCUCCUGUGUUACGAACGUUUCUGGUCUCCCUUGGUGUAGACGCUGAGCUUUGCAUCGUACGUGCUGCUUCUUACGCGUUAUCCAAAUGGAUGAUCUCUAAGGAGGUGGGACUAGGGAACCUCGGGUUGAAACAGUUCAGCAACAGUCUCAUGCCACGUCAAUCUUUGGGGUUUUCUUAUGCAACCGAAGCUCAUGGGCUUUGGAUCUUGAAAGGCUAUUUCCCAAUCUUGUCAAUGAACGUUACAAAUAAUAGCUCUAACGAGCUUCAGAACAAAAUCGUCAAGUUUCCAUUCGUAGAGCCCAAAGAAGCUGUCUUACGUUACGCUUUGUCUCACCAACAAGUCGAAGUACUCGUACAGUUUGAAUACUCCGUUAAGUUCCACGAGAGCUACAUCAAAGUGAACGCACGUGUUGACAACAUACGCAUCCACGUGUCGAAGCUAGGGUUUCAGAAAGGAGGAGUUGGCGUGGAGAGUCAGAUAGCGGAUUGUUACUCGGAGGAGAAGUACUUCCCAUCCCGGGUAAGGGUCUGGCUCGGGCCAGAAAUCGGGUCGAGCCACGUGUCCGGGCUAAGCCUAGGACGGUCGACCAAGAACGAGGAGAGAGAGGUCGAAGUGACGAGAGUUCUAAAGGGAAACUUCGGAAAAGGGAAAGUGGCUCCGAGAGUUAAGGCAAGAGCAAGAAUGUCAACAAAGAAGAAGGUUAAAGACUGGAGAAUCGAACAGGACAGCGAAGGAAACGCUGCGGUUUUUGACGCGGUCUUGUACGAUAAAGAUAGCGGCCAAGAAGUGACGACCGGGAAGCCGAACCCGAACGGAGAGGGUUUAAAGAAUGUGUUUACGAAGAGUGGAGGAAUGGUGUUUGGAAAAGAUGAGUAUGGAGAUGAAGUUGGGUGGAGAGUUGGGAGAGAGAUGGAAGGAAGUGUGUUGAAGUGGAGAAUGGGUGGUAAAAUUUGGUUAACGUAUUGGCCAAACAAGUUAAACACUUCGUUUUAUGAGACUAGAUGUGUUGAGUGGUCUGAUGAGGUUGAUUUGCCUUUGCUUCCCACUUCUAAUUAGUAGUGUCGCGAAAUAAGAGAAACUAUAGAUAACGUGUCGGUCACAAAUUGGUAUAUGUGUUUGUAAAUAUUAGUUAUGGCUUCAUAAAUAUAUAGUUACUUAGGGUAUCCGGCGUACGUCGCGAUCAAUUGUAUUCGCAUAAACUUUUUGCGUUACUACUUUUAAUAAAUCCUAAGUGUUAAUACCAAA